AUGUCUGCAAUUCCUUACCAACAAUCAUCCAGUCAUGGAUCGUACCAUGAGCCUGAGUUAAAGGGGCAGGUCACGCUGACGCUUGACGAGCGCCGCCGCGCUGCUCUCGAAGAAAUUGACAAUGCACCCUUCUCGUGGUUCCAUAUCAAGGUUUGUUUGGUCGCCAGUGUAGGCUUCUUUACCGACGCCUAUGAUAUAUUUGCCAUCAACAUCGCCGCAACCAUGUUGGGCUACGUCUACGGUCACACAAGUAAUCAACUCAACGCCAACCAAUCUUUGGGUGUCAAGGUAGCAACACCUGUUGGCACCUUGAUUGGUCAACUCCUUUUCGGAUGGCUCGCAGAUGUCCUGGGCCGUAAGAGAAUGUACGGCGUCGAACUGGUUCUCAUGAUUGUUGCAACUUUCGGUCAGGCGCUCACAGGCCAGGCCCCAGCAGUGAGUGCUAUUGGUGUGAUUAUUGUCUGGCGUGUUAUUAUGGGCGUUGGUGUUGGUGGCGAUUACCCUAUGAGUGCCAUCAUUUCGUCAGAAUUCGCCGCUUCACGUUCACGUGGUCGUCUCAUGACUGCUGUGUUUGCUGCACAAGGAUGGGGUCAAUUAGCUGCUGCCAUCGUCGGUACCAUCGUCGUCCGAGCAUACAAGACUGAAAUCCUCAAUGCCCCAUUCCCUUGCGCUGUCCCUGUCGAUUAUACCUGGCGUCUCUUGAUCGGUCUUGGAUGCAUCCCCGCUGUUAUUGCACUUUACUUCCGUCUCACUAUUCCUGAAACUCCUCGUUUCACCAUGGAUGUCGAGCGCAAUGUCGCACAGGCUACUGCAGAUAUCACCGACGUGUUGGCCGAGAAUCGCGCUACGGACAAUGAUAUUGCAGCACAGCGUGUCGCAGCCCCAAAGGCAACACUCUCAGACUUUGCCACAUACUUCGGCCAGUGGAAAAAUAUGAAAAUCCUGAUCGGCACCUCCUACUCCUGGUUCGCUCUCGAUAUCGCUUUCUACGGCCUCGGCUUAAACAGCUCAAUCAUCUUGACUGCAAUAAACUUUGGCAGUCCCACCGGGAACAAAACUUCGUCACUUUAUGUCUACCAGAACCUGUACAACGUUUGUAUUGGUAACAUCAUUCUUUCCGUGGCGGGCUUGAUUCCAGGAUAUUGGGUAUCUUUCCUUUUCAUCGACUCCUGGGGCCGCAAGCCCAUCCAAUUGAUGGGCUUUAGUAUACUCACCAUCCUUUUCAUCAUCAUGGGUUUCGCUUAUGAUGCAUUGGAUGCUACCACCUCAGGCAGGGACGCGUUUGUCUUCCUGUACUGCCUCACCAACUUCUUCCAAAACUUCGGCCCUAAUACUACCACUUUCGUAAUUCCUGGAGAGGCUUUCCCCACUCGUUACCGUUCGACAGCCUACGGUAUCUCUGCCGCGUCUGGCAAGCUCGGAGCUAUCAUCUCCCAGGUUGGCUUUGCUCAGCUUAUCAACAUCGGCGGCACGAACCGUUUCGUGCAACACAUCAUGGAGAUCUUCGCUGCGUUUAUGUUGACUGGUGUCAUCUCCACACUUCUCAUUUCGGAGACGAAACAGAGAACGCUUGAAGAUAUUUCGAAUGAAGAGCAAGAAGGCUACAUCAAAGAGGCUGGGAACGUAACCCGCUCCUGAGUCAAGUUGUGCUGUAAUAUGAUUUUAUUUUAAUAUAUAGCGCGGACUAUUGUCUAUGCAUCAUACUUAGUCAAUGUAGGCAUCAGUAUAUGCAUGCUGCUUACUUCAAUAGCCGAGAAGGUGAUUGAGACCAACCAGAACUUCCGUUUUCUUAUCGUGAAUGCUAUGUCGGACAUAGCCCUUUUCGCGGGGAAAGUCACUCUUAUUACCCCAGAUUGACCAGUGUGAAUAAAUAAUUCGCGUGAACAAAAUCGUGGUUACCGAACCUGCUCAAUCUUAUAUCUGAAUGCAAAGCCCUGC